AUGUUCAACAAUACAAGCAGUUUAUUGGGUUUAAACAUUUCAAAUCCUGAAGAACUUUCUGCAAAUUUCUCUGCCAUAAGUACAACAGUGGUGUUCAUUCUUAGCAUAACUGCUAUCAUUCUUGUACUGUAUUUAUUCUAUCGCGUCGACAACCUAUCCAAAAAGCCUUUCAAUGUUUUCAUGCUGAACUUAAUCAUCACGGAUUUUGUUUACUGUAUUUGGGAGAACGCUUUCGAUAUUGGAAUCGAUUUCCUGCCCAGUUAUUGGAAGACGCGGAAUUCUGUCAUCUGUUCAGUAUACUUAUACUCCAAUUAUACUUUACAGGCAGCAACAUGUAACGCACACAUGUUAAUAACACUUAACCGACUGUGGGCAAUCCUCUUUCCUCACUCCUACAAAUCCAGUCAAAAGAUCAGCGUCUUUGCAGCGGUGUGUUUGGGGAAAUGGAUCUAUCUGCAUAUUGUAAUGAUGCCGGGUUUUAUUGCCGAUAUCCUGUACUACCGACAAAACGUGUCCAGCAACGGUUGUUUCUUCGACAUCGCCGCGCAACCCACUUGGAAUCUCAUAAUGAUCGUCCUCUUAUUUGUGACGCCUUUGGUCGUCAUGGUAGUGUCAUACCCGUUCAUUUACUAUAAGUAUCGCGUUCGUCGACACGAACUGCAACGCUUGCGACCGCUGCCGCUGUCGCAGCUGACCAUUCCCAGUAAAAUCACAAACAACGACAGUCAGCUGCCGCAGCAUUCUUUGGAAAGAAAACCGACCGGCACGCAGCAUUCACAGGGCGCCAGUAAAUCGGCGAUUAAACUGGAAAUCGCCAAGAGUAACUCGCAGACUAUGCUGAUUCUGACAAUGCUGACCACCAGCGCGACAAUCUGCUGGACGCCCAACAUUGUGGUGUUUAUGGUGUACACAUUCAUUCCGUUUCCCGAAGAUUUGACUGUGUUCAGCGUGGUAGCUUUUAUCUUCAGCGUACAGUUGCUAAUGGAUCCUGUUCUUUUUGUGAUCUCAUUGAGUGACCUUAGAGAGGCUUUUCGUGAACUGAUUGCGGGUGUAACAGACAGGUUCAGACAACUGUUCCAGUGCUAA